GCCGCCACGCGUCGCUGCGCGCGUCAAUGCGCCUCUCGCACGUCGCUGAACAUUGCGCGAUCUCGUCGUCGCCGACGUCGCUGUCAGUCUCCGUUCCUCCUGUGUAUGGUUGUUUGUACGUCGGACGACAUUGACGCAAGGCAAAUUGUUAUUAGGAAAUGGCAAAAGAAGGCAAUAGCAAUGAUCCCGAAUUACGUUUAUUACGAUAUCUAUAUGUUGGAAAAGAUUACCCCAAUUAUCAGCCUGGAUAUUGGUUUGUCCAUCAUUAUUUUAUAGUCAGAAAUGUACUGGCCAUAGAAGAACUUGCUGCGGAUGACGAUGAAGAGAAGCAAUUGGCACCUCUUAAAUUGAUCACACAGGCAUUUGAAAGCAAUUUGAUUACCCAUCCAGAGACUUUGGUGUUCGCCCUCGCAGUUUGCUGCAGACAAACUAAGAGCGAGUUAUUACGUCAGAAGGCGUACAGAAGUGUAAAACACAUCUGCGCAUCUACCCCAAAUUUUAUUCUGUUUGUUAAAUUCGUCUCUAAACUAUGCAGAGAGAAAGAGUUGAAUUAUAUUACGCAAGGCUGGGGCCAUGGUCUGAGGAAAGCUAUUAACAAUUGGUACCUUUCUAAGGAGCCAUUGGAUUUUAUAGAGUGUGUCACAAAAUACAGAAGUAGGUAUGGUUGGAAACACAAAGACAUUGUAAAGAUGGCUCAUCCUCUGAGCAAUUCUCCAGAAAAUAAAGUUAUAUUGAAGUAUGUGGUACAUGGCUUGAAAAAAGCCAAAGAAGAUGUGACAGAUGAACAAAUUGAAACAAAUCCUAAUCUUACACAAUUGCUGAAAUAUAUGGAAGAGGUUGAAGAUUUCAAACAUUGCGAAGAUGAGGUUCGAGCUGCCAGAAUGUUGGAAACAUAUGGAUUUUCAUUAGAUCAUGUACCUGGACAUUUGCUAAAAUCAAAGGAGAUUUGGCAUUCAUUACUAAUGAAAAUGGACGUUGUUGUACUUCUAAACAACCUGCAAAGGAUUCAUAAUCUUGGAUUUCUCACUACUGAUGAACCAUCAGUUGAGAGAGUAACGGAACGACUUACUGAUCCAUAUCACAUUCAGAAUAGUGCAGUUCAUCCGGCAUUAAUUUUUAUCACCCUCAAAAAUUAUCAGUGUUCCGGAAAAUCCCUGUCUUUCGAAAAGCGAAAAGUUCGAGAGCUAGCAAGGAAAUCUAUGCCACCAGCAUUUGAUCCAAAUGUUAAAAUAAUGGACGCUCUACAUGAGGCAUUUCUUCUGUCAUUUAAAAAUAUACAACCUACAAAUUUGCGCUACUUAGUGACAAUCAGCACAAAGUCAAUGGAUGUACCGACUUGGCAAAAUGGUAAUAUGUCUGGCAUCGAGACAGCUGCUUUGAUCGCUCUGAUACUUUUACGUUCCGAAGAAAACGUUACUAUAGCAACGUUUAAGAACACCGGAAUUCACUGUAUAAAUCUAGUGAACGUCUGCAAAACGGAUUCUUUCGAACAUAUUUUGAGGACUUUAAAGGCGAUGCCCAUAGGAAGUACCAAUCUGAGUAAACCAAUCUUGUGGGCCAAAAAACAGUCUGAACAAUACGAUGUCUUUAUCAAUAUUAUGGAUCAAAUAAUCCAAAAGCAUGAUGAAUCCCAGGAAAAUCUGAUAUCAUAUAAAGAGCAUCUAAAUCUUCCGCAAACAAAACUGAUUAAUUGCGCUUUAUGCUCUUCCUCAUCAUAUCAUAAAGACUAUGAUCGACAUGUUCUGAUGAUCAACGGUUUCGAUGCUACCGUGCCUAAUGUCAUCCAGGCGUUCGCAAAGGGUUUAUUUUAAAUAUGAGCACGAGUUAAAUUUUUAUUGGAAAUCUUAAAAACGUAUUUCCUUAAAAAGUUACAAGCGGUCAAUCAAGAAGAAAAUUUUUCCUCUAAAAGCAUAUUUCGGUAUGAAAGUGAAGAAGCACAUGGCAAUUUAAAAGCCGGUGGUGAAAAUACAGAUUUUCCUUCAAAAUCAAGUUCGGGUAAUAAGCACAUUAGCGCAGAAUGUGAAUGGAGAUGGAGAAGAUGGAGAAGAUGAAGAAAAGUUACAGAGAGAACUUUCAGAAAUUACUUAAAACAGUGCCGAAUUUUGGAAUUUAAACUGUCUCGUUCAUUUUAUUAAUUCCAAACGUCGGCUUAUUUCUACAUCCAUGACUGAAUCAAAUUAUUUAAUUUUGUUAUGAUUCAACGGAGACAGUAUACUUUUUAAAACAUAUUGCAAAAUAGGUAAACGAUGAAGGUGAUCGAAAAAAGUGAUUGUGCACUAUAAUUGGCAUGUCGAUGGUAAAUAAUAUUAAUAUUUACUACAUGUUCUUAGUGUUAGGAAACAGCUGUGUAGCAUUUUGCUUUAUUUGUUGAUAAAAUGAUCAAAUAUUUUUUUACUCC